AUGACAAGUAGCACUGUUUACUUUUUCAAAAGAUUCAGAUUUCCUAGCCUCGUUCACGUGAAAAGACCGCCGUGGCAGGCUGUUUUAGUGGACUACGCGGCUAUACCACGGCCGAUUGCAGUGCAAGGCCCAGCGCACCAGACGACGCACAACCGCCAUCUCUCAUCAGCGUCACCCCGGUCGACGUGGCAACUGGGACCGUUUUCAAGGCUUUCACAGUUUCAGGCAUCUCCGUCCGUCGUGGAGCAAAACAGAAUGGCAGACCAGCACGUGGAGACAGCGGCUGCUGCUGUCGAUGACAAGACGCAGAGGCGCGGAGGAGGAGGUGGACGCAGAGGCGGGAGGGGGGCUGGUGGCGGGGGACAGCCGCGGGAGGUGUUGGUUUCCAAGGCACUUUCAAAGCUUCUGAGACACCAGGCCGAGAAUGCCGGGUUGAAGCUUGAUGACGGCGGGUAUGCGCCGUUGGACAAAGUGCUCGCCUACGGCCCGAUCCGCUCGCUGCAGGUGACCUUCUCCGACAUUCAAGCCGCUGUCAGCACGUCGGACAAGCAGCGCUUCGCCCUCAAAGCCAACGAGGCGACGAACCCGUCGCUGGACGAGAACUCGACGGAGCCCUCGCACUGGCUGAUCCGCGCGAACCAGGGCCACAGCAUCAAGCUCGACUCGGCGGCGUUGCUGACGCCCGUCACGCUCGAGGCCGGCAACGUGCCCGAGAUCGUGGUGCACGGCACGUACUUUGCCUUCUGGCGGGCUAUCGAGGAGUCGGGGGGACUGAGUAGAAUGGGGCGGAACCAUGUGCACUUCGCGACGGGCCUGCCGGGGGAUGAGAGGGGCGUCGUGAGCGGCAUGAGGAGGGAUGCCGAAGUGCUGGUGUACGUCGACGUCGAGAGGGCGCUGAGAGAGGAGGAAGAGAUGCGGUGGUGGGUCAGCGAGAACGGCGUCGUGCUGACGGAGGGGGACGCCGAGGGGAGGGUGCCCACGAGGUUGUUCCGCGAGGUGCGGGCGAGGGACGAGGCGGCGGGCGUGGGCGUGCUUUGGAGGGACGGGGAGAAGGUCGGCGAGCUGCCCGAGGGGUUGAGGAUGAGAGCGCCGCCGGGCAAGGGGAGGGGUGGUGGGCGUGGUGGGCGUGGCGGGCGUGGUGGCCAGAGAGGUGGGAGGGCGUAA